UUUGCCACACUUCUUCCUCCCCUUUUCACCACCGCUCCUUAGUUGCUUCUCUCUCGACCCCAUCUCUCUCUUUUCUUUCUUUCUUUCUUCUUCUUCUUCUUCUUUCUUUCAUUUCCUGGAAAAAAAAGUUUAACAGAACUUGUUUGUUUCAUGGCACUUCGUCAUCAUCAACUCCUAUAGAAGAACACCAAUUCCUCGUACAAAAAAGCUAUGAACAAUCUUCAAGAUUGGCCUGAACCAAUCGUUCGUGUUCAAUCUUUAUCAGAAAGCUGCCUUGGUAAAAUCCCUGAUCGUUAUAUCAAGCCACCAAUCCAACGGCCAACUUCUUCUUCAUCUUCUGCUUCUGCUGCAAGUGAUAUUGAUGAUGUCAAUAUCCCUAUUAUUGACCUUGGAGGUCUAUAUGGAAACAACGACACACUUCGAGCUUCAACACUUGAAGAAAUUUCCAUGGCCUGUAGGGACUGGGGAUUCUUCCAAGUUGUUAACCAUGGAAUUAAGCCUGAGUUGCUGGACCGAGCUCGCGAAAUAUGGAGAGAAUUCUUUUAUUUGCCGAUGGAGGUGAAGCAAAAAUAUGCAAAUUCUCCCAAGACAUAUGAAGGCUAUGGAAGCAGAUUAGGAGUACAAAAGGGAGCCAUUCUUGAUUGGAGUGAUUACUAUUUUCUUCACUAUCUUCCUCUGCCAUUAAAAGACUUUAACAAAUGGCCUAGUCUCCCUUCUGAUUGCAGGGAAGUGAUUGAUGAAUACGGUAAACAAGUAGUGGAGCUAUGUGGGAGGUUAAUGAAGGUGAUGUCUAUAAACCUUGGAUUAGGGGAGCUACGUCUACAAGAUGAAUUUGGUGGUGAGAAUAUUGGGGCAUGUCUAAGAGUGAAUUUUUAUCCAAAAUGUCCACAACCUGAAUUAACCCUUGGUCUAUCAUCCCAUUCGGACCCCGGCGGCAUGACCCUUCUCUUGGCAGACGAUAACGUUGCCGGUCUUCAAGUCAGGCGAGGGAAUGAUUGGAUAACUGUGAAGCCAGCUCCACAUGCUUUUAUUGUAAACAUUGGUGAUCAAAUUCAGGUAUUGAGCAGUGCAAUAUAUAAGAGUGUGGAGCAUAGAGUGAUUGUAAAUUCAGCAAAACAAAGAGUCUCACUUGCCUUCUUCUAUAAUCCAAAGAGUGAUAUACCUUUAGAACCAUUGAAGGAGCUUGUGACACCAGAGACACCUUCGCUAUAUCCAGCUAUGACGUUUGAUGAAUACAGACUUUUCAUUAGAACAAGGGGUCCCCAAGGCAAAGCUCAAGUCGAGUCUUUAAAAUCUCCCGUAUGAUAUUAUAUAUCUAUAAUAAAGACAUUGUUGUAAGUAAUGGGUUUUGAUUUAACGGUCUUAAAUUUAAAUUUAAAUUUAAAUUUUAAUUGAAGUA